UAAAUACCGAGGCAGCCACCCACUCCACCAUUAACAAAGCCCCAUCCAUUCAACAAACCUCGAGACGCCUGGCUGACGGAGAAGAGGCACAAGCCGAGGUAACCGGCUCUAGCUUUGCCUCACGCUUGUCUCGGUGGCCGGCCAGCCAUGGCCACCGUGGGGCAGCCUGGCGCCCUGAGAAGGAUCACCGUGCACUACGCCAACUCGCCCACGCGCAGCACGGGAGAAGCAGACCUUGAAGACCUAGACGACGACCUGCUCCAGUUUGUGAUUGCUGAUCUUCUUCCUAAUCAGGAGGGUUUGCACCGAUCGUUCUUGGAAGAACCAUACAGCAACCACAAUCACAUGAUAGGUGCCCCAUCUGAUAAUUCACAGUCACAGCACUACCAUCACCAUGGGGAGAGCAGCACUGCUGCAGCAGAAGCAGCGACUGCUUCCGGAAUUUCAGGAACGGAAGAGCAGAUCGCCUCGGACUUUGAGUACGCCAAGCGGCUGCAGGAGAUGGAGGACCAAGAUGACGAUAUCAGCUGCGUACCCUCUCCAUCAGACUCUGACGAUGACGAUGAUCAUGACCAUAACGACGAAGAGGCUGACAGGCAGGACGGUAAUGAUGAUGAUCCAGACAACAUGACUUAUGAGCAAAGGCAAGCACUCGUGGAAUCUGUGGGCACUGAGGACAGAGGUUUAUCCGAUGAGCUUAUCUCCUAUCUGCAGAAAUGGAAGUACAAGGCAUCAGGGUUUUUCUACAGGAAGACAAACCAUGAAGACUGUACUAUCUGCCUGUCUACUUUCAGACACCGAGAAAGUAUGAUAACGUUGCCGUGUAAGCAUUACUACCACGCAGCUUGUGUCGCCAAAUGGCUCAAGGUCAAUAAGACCUGUCCUGUCUGCAAAUAUGAACCGUUUGGACCUUCCUAGCAUGCGGCAUCGAAGGUUGCAUCAUCUACCUUUUUAGUGCCAAGAAAACUGAAAAUGGAAAAAGAAUCGCAGCUUAAUCCAAAAGGAGGGAAAAAAAGAAAAGGCAAACAAAAAUUAGGAAAUAUAGAUGCUUGAUCACCCAAGGAGAAAAAAACAAAAAAGAAAUGUUUGAUCCUGAUUUCUAACGGCGUUUUUAUUUCUACCUUUGGCUUGUUGGCUUGCGGAUGUACUUAAGAAUCACAAUCACCUGUGGCUUUUUGGCUUGUGGAAAUGUAAUUAAGAAUCACAAUAUUAUAUACUAUUAUGUCCGAAGUUUGUUGUUUUUGCCA